UCAUCGGAUCCUACUGGGUCUGAUGAAAUUUUGCCAGUUGAUAGCGCCCAUGUACCUCCACGUAUCCCGAAUAUUCCAACCACUUGCUACGGUGAAAAUCUGGAAGUAACAGCAGAAAAAGUACUACAGUCCUCGGCAGCCCAAAAGCAUAAUCUAAAACCCGAUUGCCCGGUUCCACAGGUCCUCCCUCGUCGAUCGCCUUCUUCGUUUGUGUAUGGCACACGUGCUCCACGAAGAGGCACGUGCCUUAUCCUCUCGGUGGAUAAAUUUAAGCCCGCAUUAUGCCUCCCUGGAAGACCUGGGGCUGAGAUUGAUCUUCAAAAUUUGCAGCAGACAUUUUCUAUGCUGGAUUUUGAUGUAAAGAUAUACUGCAAUCCGACGGCGGCUAACAUGACAGCAAUUGUUGAAGCAGAGGCGAAAGCCAACCAUGCGGACGCGGAUACUUUCGUGAUGGUGCUCCUCAGUCAUGGUGAUGAUGGCGGUUUGUUCUACGGUACCGACGGAGCCGUAUACCUAGAAAAUCUCAUCAAGCCUUUCCGUGGAGACUGCUGCCCGGACUUGGCCGGAAAGCCGAAACUGUUCUUUGUGCAAUUUCAAAUUUUCAUCUGGUUUGAAGUAGUUUUGAUUUUCUACGGAGCAGAUAAAGUCCAGUUUUUGGGCGUCUAG